UGUUCCCACUCCUUAUUAUAUACACCUUUCUAACUACAAAACUUAAACUCCACUAUCUAUCACACCCUCUUAUUUCCUCAAAGCCUUUUUCCCUCAUGCUUCCUACAUUUUUCAUUUGGUUUUUUUCACUCCUUAUUUUCAACUUCAGCCCAAAAACAAUUGCAUUUACAAUAGGAAACCAGAGUGAUUAUUUGACAUUGCUCAAGUUUAAGAAAUUUAUUUCCAAUGACCCACAUAGAAUCCUUGAUUCUUGGAAUGGUUCUAUCCAUUUUUGCAACUGGUAUGGAAUCACAUGCAACACCAUGCAUCAAAGAGUUACUGAGUUGAAGUUACCUGGAUAUAAGUUGCAUGGAUCCUUAUCUUCUCAUGCUGCCAAUCUUACUUUUCUCAGACACGUCAACCUUGCAGACAACAAAUUCUCUGGAAAAAUCCCCCAAGAGUUGGGUCAGUUGUUACAAUUACAGGAACUCUAUCUCUCCAAUAACUCAUUCUCUGGAGAAAUUCCUACAAACUUGACAAAUUGUUUCAACCUUAAAUACUUAUCCUUGAGUGGGAAUAAUUUGAUCGGAAAAAUACCAAUUGAAAUAGGCUCUCUUCAAAAGCUUCAAGAAUUGAAUGUUGGAAGAAACAGUUUGAUCGGAGGAGUCCCACCAUUCAUAGGUAAUCUUUCAGUCUUAACAACUCUUUCCAUUUCUCGUAACAACUUAGAGGGAGAUAUUCCCCAAGAAAUAUGUCGCCUAAAACACUUGACUAAAAUAGCAUUGGGGCUCAACAAACUAUCUGGUACAGUUCCUUCAUGUCUUUACAACAUGUCAUCUCUUGCUAUCUUUUCAUCUGCAGCCAAUCAAAUAGAUGGCUCUCUUCCACCCAACAUGUUCAACUCCCUCCCCAAUCUCAAAGUGUUUGAAAUUGGUGUCAAUCAAUUCUCGGGUCUAAUGCCUACUUCUGUUGCAAAUGCUUCUACCCUUAGAAAACUUGAUAUCAGCAGUAACCAUUUUGUUGGACAAGUUCCAAAUCUUGGGAGGUUACAAUAUCUUUGGAGGCUAAAUUUGGAACUGAAUAAUUUUGGUGAAAAUUCAACUAAGGAUUUGAUUUUUUUAAAAUCAUUGACUAACUGUAGUAAGUUGCAAGUGUGUUCUAUAUCCCAUAAUAAUUUUGGAGGUAGUUUGCCAAAUUUGGCAGGCAAUUUAUCCAUCCAACUUAGUCAACUAUAUCUUGGGAGCAAUCAAAUAUAUGGGCAAAUUCCUUCAGAAUUAGGGAAUCUAAAUAGUUUAAUUUCCUUGACCAUGGAAAACAACCGUUUUGAAGGGACCAUUCCAGAUUCUUUUUGGAAGUUUCAAAAGAUUCAAGUGUUAGAUUUGAGUGGAAACCAAUUGUCAGGACACAUUCCAGGCUUCAUAGGUAAUUUUAGUCAGAUGUAUUAUUUGAGUCUAGCACAUAAUAUGUUAGGAGGAAAUAUUCCCCCAAGCUUCGGAAAUUGUCACAAUUUACAUCACCUAAACCUUUCAAAAAAUAAUUUUAGAGGAACCAUACCCUUGGAGGUUUUUAGUAUUUCCUCAUUAUCAAACUCACUGGACUUGUCACAAAACUCAUUGAGUGGAAACCUAUCUGUUGAAGUGGGUAGGCUAAAAAAUAUUAAUAAGCUAGAUUUCUCUGAGAAUAAUUUGUCUGGUGAAAUUCCUAUAACCAUUGAUCAAUGCAAAAGCUUAGAAUACCUUUUUUUGCAAGGAAAUUCCUUCCAUCAAAUCAUACCUUCCUCUUUGGCUUAUAUAAGAGGUCUUCGAUAUUUAGACAUGUCAAGAAAUCAAUUGUCUGGAUCAAUUCCUAACAUUCUGCAAAAUAUUUCUCGUUUAGAACACUUGAACGUUUCAUUUAACAUGUUGGAUGGAGAGGUUCCAAAAGAAGGUGUCUUUAGAAAUGCUAGCAGGUUAGCGGUGUUCGGGAACAAUAAGCUUUGUGGAGGUAUUUCAGACUUGCACCUACCUCCAUGCCCAUUCAAACAUAAUACCCAUUUGAUAGUAGUGAUAGUUAGCGUGGUUGCUUUCAUUAUUAUGACAAUGCUUAUUCUAGCUAUCUAUUACUUGAUGAGGAAAAGAAACAAGAAACCAUCUUCAGAUUCACCAAUAAUUGACCAACUUGCUAUGGUUUCUUACCAAGACUUGUAUCAGGCAACUGAUGGCUUCUCAUCUAGAAACUUGAUUGGAUCAGGAGGCUUUGGUUCGGUGUAUAAAGGAAAUCUUAUGUCAGAAGAUAAAGUUAUUGCUGUGAAGGUCCUGGACCUUGAAAAGAAUGGAGCUCACAAGAGUUUUAUUACCGAAUGUAAUGCACUAAAAAAUAUUAGACAUCGAAAUCUGGUUAAGAUUUUAACUUGUUGUUCUAGUAUUGAUUACAAAGGUCAGGAAUUCAAAGCUCUAGUUUUUGAAUACAUGAAAAAUGGAAGCUUAGAAAACUGGUUGCAUUCAAGGAUGAUGAAUGUAGAGCAACCAAGAGCAUUGGAUCUUAAUCAAAGACUGAAUAUCAUUAUUGAUGUUGCUUCUGCAUUACAUUAUCUUCAUCGAGAAUGUGAGCAAUUGGUCCUUCAUUGUGAUCUAAAGCCAAGCAAUGUCCUUAUUGAUGAAGACAAUGUUGCUCAUGUGAGUGAUUUUGGCAUAGCAAGACUCGUCUCAUCUGCGGACGGUAUAUCUCCUAAGGAAACUAGCACAAUUGGAAUAAAAGGGACUGUUGGCUAUGCUCCUCCAGAGUAUGGAAUGGGUUCUGAAGUUUCCACACAUGGUGACAUGUAUAGCUUUGGGAUGCUUAUAUUGGAAAUGAUUACAGGAAGAAGACCAACUGAUGAAAUGUUUUUAGAUGGUCAAAAUCUGCAUUUGUAUGUUGAAAAUUCAUUUCCUAAUAAUGUUAUGCAGAUUUUGGACCCACAUAUUGUACCAAGAGAAGAGGAAGCAGCAAUAGAAGAUAGAAGCAAGAAGAAUCUUAUUUCAUUAAUACAUAAAUCCUUAGUUUCACUCUUUAGGAUUGGACUUGCAUGUUCGGUGGAAUCGCCAACACAAAGAAUGAAUAUAUUGGAUGUCACUAGAGAACUAAACAUGAUCAGAAAGGUUUUUCUUGCUGGUGUUCACCCUCGUCAGUAAUCAAAGCUAAAAUAAAUUUCUGCAAUAAUUUCAGAAAUAGAAGUUUAUGCAAUAUGAUGCACUGCAAGUGAAACUGUUCACUAAAUUUCUCUCUAGCCUAGCCAUUUUAAUGUAUUAAUCCAUCAUUCAUGUAACAUCAAGUAUAUAUAUUUGAUGAAUGCAAUACUGGACUUAUUAUAUUAUCAAUACUUUUGUCACAUGCUCCACUCUGUCAUGCUACAUUAUAAAUUCCCUUUAGUUCCCAAAAUGUGCAGAGAACAGAAGAAAUAUCAUAUUAUGAAAGUCUCACAGCUGGACCACAAUAUAUAGGCCAUUAAAGAUUUGAAACUCAAUUCACCAAUUUGGAAUCAUUGGUCUUCUUGAGUGUUAAUUUGGAGAUCAUUUGCUUAUUUCGUUUUUCUAAGUAUGAAAUAUUAUGAAUCAAGCAUGAUGUUUAUAAGUAUGACUGAUAUGCAAUGGAUCAGUUUAUUUGUUUCUAACUAAAUCUGUACUAAAGGAACAUUUAUGAAUUCUUAUGUAGUAUAUAGCGUUAAGAUUUCAGAUUGAAGUGUGCUUGAUGUCUGGUACGUGUUAGUGUCUUUGACCAACACAUGUGGACAUUACAUUCAAUUAUUUAUGUGACAGUGCUUCAUAGAUGA